CAAAAAAAACUUGUUUUGUCAUAUGUCAUUAAUUGAAUACACCAACAUGAGCAAAGAUGUUAAAAUAAGGAGCAUUCAAUCACAAACAAAAAUGCAAUGUUCGACAAGUUGCGGAACACCUCCGAUAGUUUGCGGAGCCUUUUUUGCACUUUUCUUUGUGAUAUCUAUGAUGGUUUGUCUUCAACAGAUUAACUCUGACUCACAAGUACCUCAACCUCAAGCAGUAUAUGCAAAGAGAGAAAGCGCAAACUUCCACCGUAAGCGAAAUAACAGGAACAAUGGUCAGGUUGAAGAUACCCGAAUAAAACUUAAAGAUGAAGAUGAAGAAAAACAAUUAAGAAAAAGUAACAAAAGAAGACAAAAAGAGGAAGAUAUUGUAGAAGCACUAAGUGUACAAACUACGAAAGAGAAAGAUGAUAAAACAAAGGCGAUUGAAAUAAAGAGUCAAAAAGAAAACGAUAAAGAAAUUACCAAGCGAAGAGAGAAAAUACAAACUGAAAGAAUAGAACAUUUUAGAAAACAAUGCCAAUCAUAUCAUUUAGACUCAAAUAGUAAUGGAGAUGAAGGUCUUAAAGUUCUGUAUUCUAAAAAGUACAAACUUGCUUACAGGCUCGUUCCUAAAGUAGGUUCAACAUUUAUGAUACAAGUGUAUUCCAUAUUAAAAGACUAUGGAAACACCAAAAAGGUUCUAAACCUUUCAAGAGGUGACAUUCACAAUGGAAGAGCUGAUAAUUUCCGUAAAAUUAUGUCUUUGAAAAGUUUGAAAGAUUAUACAGUGUUGAUCAUGGCAAGAAACCCAUAUUCUCGUUUAUACUCUGCGUAUGUAGACAAGAUUUAUAUUUUAAACACUUUCAGUUUAUGCAAGGACGUCAUUUCAAAACUGUUUGGAACUAAUGCACAGAAAAAUAACUGUAAAUUUGAUAUUUCGUUUGAACAAUUUCUUGAAUAUUAUUUAGAAAAAGGGGGACAUUCUGAAGAAGGUCAUUAUGGGCCAAUAGUGUCUAAAACUAUUGGGAAGAAAAUUUGUAACCUUGAAAAUAUCAUAAUUGUUAAACAAGAGACAUUUUCUGAUGACGUUGACCACGCAUUCAAAACUGUGCACGUGAAAGGGCGAGAGUAUAACGCAAUUUACGACUCGCUGAAUUCCAAGAACACUGAAACAAACAUUGCUAGUAUCGUGAAAACAGUUUAUAAUAAGUUCUCGUCAUAUAUACAACGAGGAUCCUGCUUGACUUGGAAGAACAUUGCUAAGAAGCUGUGGAAAUCAUUUCAAAUACAAGGUUACAUACGUGACAGAUCCAAUUUUCCUGAAACAAAAUAUGAAAAUUCGGAUGAUUACAAGAGCGCUGAAUAUCUUAUUAAAGUUAUAAUGCAAGAAGUUGACGCAAAACCAUUAACACAUCAAGAAAAAAUGGAACAAAGAAACAAUGCUUUGAUGAAGGCGUAUUCAGGUGUUAACAAGAAAUAUUUACGAGAAAUACAAGAUCGGUACGCUAUGGACUUUAAUUUGUUUCAAUAUGGAACUAAUCUGAAAGAUGCCCUUAGCUAAAAACAAAAACAAAGCACAUUAAUUAUAUUUAUUAUUCUAUCUUCAAAAUAUUUUUUGCAGGGCCACGGGAACCGUUGAAGCUAAGUCUGAAAUUGUCUAUGUGACUUUAUUUACUGUUUCACUCACUGAUAAUUGUAUGCUAUGGUUUCAAAAAUAAAAAGC